CGCAAGCAUGGUGAAGUGAGACAAGCUACAUUGAUCAUUGGUGUGACUUGUUUCGCUCGUGGUUGUACUGAUGUCGUGCUAUCUUGCUCACUCGCCACUUCCUCUCUUUGUCUAAAGCUGUGAGGGCAGCACUGUUCAGCUGUGAAGCGUCAACCAAUCAAAGAAGGAGCAGUUUCUCUACCUGCUUCAUAAUUCUAAGCCGGUUGCCCCCUUCCUUGACUAGUAGCGAGGCACUACUGUAAUACAGUACAGUAUGCCGUCGGACGCACUAGAGUAUUCUACGGUUUAGUUCAGUGCAUAAAAUGGAGUUCGGGAAGUGACGCGCAACAAGAAAUCUUCUCUACAGAUCGAUUGCGGAGUUUUAUCCAAAUAAAGUUAUUUAUUAGAGAAAAAGAUACGUAUUUGAAUCUGUGAGCAAAUCAAAAAGGAAGUGUAUCAAAAUGGAGGAUAAAUUACGACAAAUGGAAGAUGAAAUGAACAGAUUCGAGGCAGAAAUUGGUGGUCAGUUAGUUACACCAAUGGUUAGACCCGUAAUUGGUGCAAAUACAUAUAAUCAAGUAGCUAGACAAUUAGAACAACAUGAAUUACCUACACCAGUUGUUGCUGCGGCGGCAGCAACAUUAGCUUUCCCACCAAUGAUCGGGUUUCCACCACCACCACCUCCACCACCGCCACCACCUCCGCCACCUCCAAUGUUAAUACCACAACAAGUAGCAAGACAAGGUACGGUUCCUUCUAUUACAACAUAUUCGUCACCUGCACAGAUAAGUAACCCGUAUUUACCAAACAUGGUGGAUCCAUGUUUAACUGCCACUCCAAAAACAUAUGAAUCCACAUCAGCACCAAUGAUUCACCCAGAAAUUAUUGAACAGAUUAUCAAUACAAAGAUCCCAGAAGAUGAGAGUAAAAAGAAACCAAAGGUAAAAGGAGUUAGCACCGCAGCUGAAUUGGCAAUUAGUCAAGGAAAAGCAAGUUCUAUCAUGGCAAAUGCUAGCGCGGAAGAAAGUCAUCCAAAGGGCAAAGGAAAGAAAAAUAAGAAAAUAGUUCGGAUGGCUGGUGGACAAAUAUGGGAAGAUCCAUCUUUGUUAGAAUGGGACGAAGAUGAUUUCCGAAUAUUUUGCGGAGACCUAGGAAAUGAUGUCACAGAUGAAAUGUUGGUGAGAGUGUUUGGCAAAUAUCCCAGUUUUCAAAAGGCAAAAGUAGUUAGGGACAAAAGAACAAACAAAACGAAAGGUUUCGGCUUCGUUUCCUUCAAAGAUCCGCAGGACUUCAUCAAAGCAAUGAAAGAGAUGAAUGGACGAUACGUGGGCUCGCGACCCAUAAAGCUGCGCAAGAGCUCCUGGAAGCAGCGAAAUUUGGAGUCGGUCCGGAAGAAGGAGAAAGAGAAACAGGCGUUAAUUGGUCUGUUGACCGGCCGGUGACGCAAUAUAACCCUCGUUCUUUCAUUUCCACGGAUUACUGUUGUUCUCGUCGUCGGAGGGGCGGCCUCCUCGCGGCGCCCGUUGCACGGGUCGACCUCUCAAUUGUGAACCGUUGAAUUAACUUUUUCAUCGUUGCGCCUACGCUCCUAUCGAAAAUCGCUCGAUUCGGAGAGGAUGGAACGAAACCAAAACUGUACAAUCACAUUUAUUUCACUGUGUCUUGUAUGCGUGUGUGUGUGUGUGUGCGCGCGUGUGUGUGUAUAAAAUGCAAAAGUCGAACAAGAGAUUAUUCGUGAAUUUAAGUGUCGAUGUAUCAAUUUUGAUAGUUAAUUGACAGAUUUAUUUUCUGAAAAUUUCAUUGCGAAAUAGGCUAUUCGUUACGUCUGGAAAUAUGACUUCUAUAGAAAAUUAUGCGUAUAGUUUAAUAAAAGUAGAUUCUUACUAAUACUA